AUGGCAAUCAUCAGAGGCCCCUUGCUGUGGCUUUCAGCAUUGUUACUUUGCUCCCAGGGUGUCCGAGCAAAGACAGUGACGUACGACUUCAAUGUCUCUUGGGUGAAAGCUAAUCCCGACGGCCUCCAUGAGCGCGAUGUCGUGGGCAUCAACGGCCAAUGGCCCUUGCCAGUCAUUGAAGUGGACAAGGGCGACCGGAUUAUCGUGAAUAUGUACAACGGCCUCAACGACACGUCUACCAGUAUCCAUUGGCAUGGCAUGUUCCAAAAUGUGCCACAAAACGGUACCUACUGGUAUCAUUGUCAUACCGAUAGCUGCUAUCCUAAUGGAUACCGCCAGGCAUUGAUUGUCCAUGACAACGAUGCUUAUUUUAAAGAUAUGUAUGAUGAGGAAUAUACGAUUACCCUGAGCGACUGGUACCACAAGUUGAUGAAAGAUAUUAUGCCGAAUUUUAUCAAUCAGCCCAUCCCCGACGCUUUCUUGUUCAAUGAUACCCUCCGCAGCAAUUUGUCUGUGGAGCCCGGCAAAACGUACCUUCUGCGGCUCAUCAACAUUGGCGCAUUCGUCGCCCAGUACUUCUAUAUCGAGGACCACACAUUCCAGAUUGUAGAAGUCGACGGCGUCUAUGUCGAUGCGACUGAAGCAAGUACCCUCUAUAUUGCUGUUGCGCAACGCUAUUCGGUGCUCGUCACAAUGAAGAAUUCCACUGAGAAGAACUAUCCCAUUGUCACAGUUGCAGAUUCUGCGCUCUUGGACACCAUUCCUCCGAGCCUUCAAUUGAACAAUACCAACUGGCUCGAAUAUAACUCGUCUGCUGCCCACCCCGAGGCCGUCAUGAAAAUCGAUCUGACUGUCCAGAUGAUGAACCUUGGUAAUGGCGCUGGGUAUGCGUUUUUUAACAACAUCUCCUACACAAGGCCGAAGGUUCCUACACUGUACACCGUCCUAUCCGCCGGAGACUUGGCGACCGACUCUACUGUCUAUGGAGAAUACACCCAUCCCAUGGUUCUCGGACACAACGAUGUUGUGGAAGUUGUCUUGAACAAUGGCGACAGCGGAAGGUAUUUAUGGAACAUCCAUGACCAGAAAAAGCACACAGUUCGCUGA